AUGCCGUUGGUCCUCAAACCCGACGAUGACCUAUCAUCACAAACCCCAACCACCCACGAAUCAUCGACCCUCCGAAGCGCCAUCCGCGAUUUCUCCUCGCAAUGGUUUCUCAUCCCCCAAGGAACGGGCAUCACAGCCACCGUCCUCCACCAAUUAGACUACCGCUUCCACGGCCUGACGGAGAUUGCCUACGUCUUCUGGGUGACCACAACGGUGCUCCUGCUCCUAAUGCUCUGCUUAUACGGUGCCCGAGUCGCCCUCUACCCAAAGCGCCUCCUCCACGCACUCAAACACGACGACGCCGAGCUCGCAGGGCUCUCCAGCAUAUCCAUCACCUUCACCUCCGUCGUCCAAACGGCCUCGCUAGCCCUCGUCCGGGGUGCGGGCGAGCCAUGGAGCACAGUACUCCACGUCCUAUGGUGGGUAUCCUUCGCCCUCGCCGCGACAAGCAUCGUAUUCCUCCCCUUCGUCUUCAUCAAAGUCUACCCCCCGGGCGUAGCCCAGCUAUCGCCCUCCACCCAGCUGGCAGUCACCGCAGCGCUCACGGCCGCAGCCGCAGGCGGGACGAUCUGCACUUCAGCAGCGGCCCUCAGCAGCGCCCGGCAGAUCCCCAUCAUUGUGGUAUCCUACCUUCUCAUCGGCAUGGGCUUGCCGCUGGCCUUCGCCCUAGAUGUGCUAUUCUGGGCGCGUCUGCUCGGAAACUAUGAGCCCCCCAAAGAAAAGGCCUUCCAGGACAUGAUACUCUGCGGGCCGUGGGGCCAGGCCAGCUACGCGCUCCAGAUACUCGGGCAAGCGGUCGUCAACGGCAGCGGCGGCGCCUUUCUCACUUUGGACGACGCCACCGCCGCCACCGCCGCCGCCGCUGCUGCCGUCACCCCGGUGGGCUACGUGAGCAUCUUUGCCGGUCUCGUCACCUGGGGUUUGGGGACGUACUGGUGGAUCUUUGCCAUCCUGGGCGUCUUUCGUGCGUUUUUCGAGCGCGGCUGGAGACCGGCUAGCAUCCCGUAUACUCUGGCCGGAUGGGCCGUGGUCUUUCCCUGGGGCGUCUACACUAAUGCGGCACUUGAGUUGGGUAAGAUUAUGGGGUCCCGAGCAUUUCGAUUGUGGUCUACUUGCUUAGCCAUGAUGCUGGUGCUGAUAUGGCUUGUGAACGUCGGCUUAACGUUGAAAAUGCUCCUCAACAAGUGUAAGAUUAAGAGAUAG